AUAAGCUUGGAGGCGGCAUGGGAUCAUGCUCUCGGUAUAUGCUCUCGUGAUGGCGAUGCCCGGCGUGGUUGCCACGGCGGGCUACGCGUCGUGCGAGCCGCCGGCGCGCCUGAUUCCGCCCGGCCUCCCGCCCGGCCGGAACCUCGUCGACGACCCGGCGUUCGCCGAGGCGCCGUGGCUCCGGACCUGCGACAACCCGGAGAAUGUCGACGCGCUGCGGGGCGUGUCCCAAGAUGCGUACAAGCGAGGGCCUCGGCAGCAAGCGGCGCAGAAGCGCAUCAGCCGCGAAUUCUUCGACCGGGCCACGUGCGCCUUUCACGGGGCUCGCCUUGUCUCGCCGCGGGGUUGUUUCCCCGCGCGCGCGGGCUCUGUUGUCGAACGAUCCGGCGCGACGCUGCGCUUUUCGUUCUCCGGGGCGGCGCUGGCGGCCUGCCGCGUCGGCGAGCCGUCGACGUUCCGCGUUCGCUACGAAGCCACGGCAGCGACGUGGUUUCCCCGUGGCAGCCAAGGGUCCAGGCCGCUUUCGAUCACGGCUCGGCUUCGAUCCAACUCGACCACGACGAUCGCGACUCUGCGGCGCACGAACGCCACGCUCCUCGCCGGUAGCUUCGAAGGGCGCUUCGUGGCCCCCUCGGCCGGCGCCCAGGUGCUCGAAGUUCUCCUCUCGUGGCUCGUCGACGAGCCGCGGCCCCUGCCGCGGCCCGGGGCGUUCCACGAGCAGCUGCUGUACGCGGGCGCCACGAUCGCGGCCGGCGAUCCCGCACGCGAGCAGCGGCCAUCCUGCGCCACGCCACCCGGCGCGGCGGCGCUGCGCCGCGCGGCGCGGGAUCCAGAUCCAGAUGCGCGCGGGGGCGUUUGGUGGCACGCAGAUGCAGACCAUGGCGACGCGUUCGACGGCGACGCGGCAUUCAUCUCCGACGAGGCGCGCUACAACGACGGAUGGACCUACCGGCCUCAUGCGUGUGUCCUGCGGUAUGCUUCGUCAACGGCGCAGUUCGUCGCCGAGGUCGGGCGGCGGUGCCGCACGACCGGGCCCGUCGUCUUGGCGGCGACGUCGGACGACAGCCUGGGCCGAGAACUCUGGACGAACAUGGUGGCACUCUUCUCUGGCGAGAAUGACCAUCGAUUCAACGAGCAACUGGACGGUCGCAAGACGCGCGACGCAGCGUCCUGGCAGGCGGCGACGACGCUAGACUUUGGGGCGGUUAAGAUUCACCAGGUUCGCAAGGCCAGCGGAACGCCGCCAGCCGGCGCGGCUGGUUGGAUCUUCGCGCCCCGCAUCGUCAUGGCGCUCUUCAACCCGAACGGCGAAGCCAUUGGACCGCGCAUACGGCGCGUUCUCGACGCCGUCGAGGCCUUUGGGCGGAGCUGCAGUCGACGCUUUGGCGCCAGGCGGGACCUCGCCUGCGUCGUCUACCUCAACCCGACGCUGCAGCGCGAGGAUCAUCGACGCCACCUCCCCGGCGCCCGGUCCAAAGACCACUUUUUCGUGCUCCGGCGCGAGACUGUGGCCCGCGUCGUCGACCAAGUCCGACGCAAGGCCUUCGCGCUUGGCCUCGGCGUCGCAGAUGCCGAGGCCCUGACGGCCCCGCGCUGGGACGCGACCUGGGACGGCUGCCACUACAGCCGCGGAGUGCACUGGCCCGACGCCCGCGGCCUCCUGUUCCGGUACCAAUGGCAAGGCGGCGUCAGCCGGGCGGCGACGACUCUGUUCCUGAACAGCGUCCUUGCCGCGUGCAAUGAUACCUCGGAAUAGGGUAUCGUUCUAGGGUUUCGUGAAGGUUUCGUUCUAGUUUCACUGCAGGUUACUAGUACUCGCCGAGGAAAAGGG